UCAUGUAUUGAGGCCGCCGUGUAAUUCCAUUGUCAUGAUCCAAAGUCCAACUGUUGCAACUGCAUGCACCAACUUCACCUACGGAAAGUUUUGAAAAGGAUUUCUUGGGAUAAGCAUUUGAAGCUAUGGGUACAGUAAGUACUUCUCAAGGAUGAUUGAUACUAACCCAUACAAAGACUAAUCCACUGAGGCUACAGGAUGGUAAAAAGUGUAAUAGUAGCCUAUGUGUUAUGGGCAGUCGGGGGGCCUUUGGGCCUUCACCAUCUGUAUUUAGGAAGAGACAGCCAUGCUCUGCUGUGGAUGCUAACCUUGGGAGGAUUUGGGUUUGGCUGGGUCAGAGAGGUCUCACGUAUUCCUGCAUAUGUGGGUGAGGCCAAUCAAGAUGCCGACCAAGAGAGAAAAAGGCCUCCUGCCUCAGUUCCUCCUCCUGUGGGCCCUGUCAGAUUUGCCGGACAGGUGUGUGUUGGGAUCUACUUUGGCACCGUGGCUCUGAUAGGACUGAACUCCCUCAGCUUCUUCUACUUGAUUGUUCUGCCUUUAAGUGUGGGUGCAGGUGUACAUCUGGUGUCCAGUGUUGGGCAGCAGACAUCUGAUCUCCAAAAAACUUUGACCGCUUGUCUCAUUACCUCCCCAAUAUUCUACGGCAGCACCUUAUCACCUCUUCCUAUAAGCUUGGCUGCGAGCGUCACUGCUGCACAAAACCGCAGGUUCAAACCUCCACAGACACCCGGGAAGACACAGAAAUUAGGUCCACGGCUUUACAGGCUCGGCCUAGCUUGGCUGGCGUUCUCUGCUCCACUGGGUUACUGUAUUUUCCACAACACCACAGCCACACUGUACUAUCUGUCUGACUCUAUAACAGCACUGCUGGAUAUUUUCUGGUUUUUGCCUUGGCUCAGAGGUGUGAUGGAGUACAUUCUUUUAAUGCCGUAUCGGAUCUUGUGUGUCCUAACUGGAGGAGGCUACUAUGAAGAGGCUUGGAGGAAGGUGCUGGAAAUACUACUCAAAGAGUACACUGAGAGAGAAAAAGAGGCACUGCAGGUUUUAGCUUUGAAAUCAGAGGCCUCUCUUGAAGAGAUAACUCGAAGCUAUAGGGAGCUGGCCAAGACAUGGCAUCCAGACCACAACCCCAGCAAGGAUGCUGAGGCAAUGUUUGUGAAGAUUCAUGAAGCUUACGACAUCCUUCAACGCUGGCACAGGCCCCAUCGAUUCCAAUAGCUGCCCUAUAGUCUUUUAGGAUUGGCCUACAUUAUUUUGCAGCUGUUGUCGCAUAUUGUCCCAACAACACUAAACAACAACAUUCAUAGGGGACUUGUACUGUGCUGGUAUCAACACCUGUAAUUAACAUACCUCCACCUGUCAAACAGCAUUUCACAGAUGUCUGGUUAUUUGGCAGUUUGUGUGAAACGGCAGUUUGCUGCCACCUCGUGGUGCCACAGAUGAAUUAUCACAGUAAAACGUGUCAUUUCAGGUCUUUCCUUGGAUGACAGUGGCCUUGCUCAUACUCGUACUUUAAAAAGUACUGAAAUCAUUUUAGUUCUUAGCGGAAAUCUAAAGGACGGGAUUGAAGGUAUAUUGAUGUAAGAUUAUAAGUUUUUAAAAAUCUAAACAUACACAUACAAACUUUUCUUUACUGUUUAUAUGAGAUGCUGUAUCCAUUAAUUUGAAUGAGGGAAAAUAAGAAAUACGUUUGCUGUAAUCUGUGAAAGCAUAAGACAAGGACUUUUGGAGGAAGAUGCCCACUUUGAUACUGGGUAAGAAGCCCCCCACGGUGGUCAUGAUUUUCAAUACUCUUGCCUAAAUUUCUGAUAUAUUAUGUACUCUAUCAUCUAAUACAACAAUGUAACAGCAAACCAGCUUUUAAAAAUGCACCAUUAUCUGUAUGAAAGGGUAACUCGCUGACUUUAUGUUAAGCUAAUAAUGUAAUGCUAUAUUAGCUUGCUGUAGCACUAGCCAGCUAGCUUGAGUUCUUUGCUAGUGUUAGCCGAAUAUCUCUGCUGAUUGGUUAUUGGACUUAAUUUGUUUUGUUUUUGUUUGUUAUGUUCGGACUUUAUAUGUCAAUGAUGUCCUAGUGUCAUCAAUUCUGAAUUAACUGGCAAUAAUCAAACCGUUUUAAAAAAUUAAAAACAGUUUCUAUGUGUGCCACAUGCAGCUAAACAGGAAAUUUUGAAAAAAGUUAAUCAUAUGCAUGAGUAACUCAUUUGUACUGAUCAAAAUGUAAAUAAAAUAAAGUUGCAGUCCA